UUCAAGGUAAGAUCGUGAUUCACGGCAACGAGUGUGCUUUAUUUUCAGAGCAUUCCCCCAAAACAGAUCCUGGUUAACGUACAGGAUCAUCGGACACUGGCUGGCUUUGCAAGCAGGGAUUUUAUGGACUAUUUUCAGUCAUCUUUGUCAUGGAACAAAGGGAAGGCAAAGCACGGAAGGACCGGCGGUGUUGGUUCGUCUUCAUAAUUGUUUUAGUUAUUUUAUGUAGCGGAGCUUUUGCACAGAUCAGAUAUUCCAUAUCUGAGGAGGUUCAAGAUGGAACCAUCGUGGGAAAUAUAGCUAAGGAUUUGGGGCUUGAUAAGAGUGCACUCACAGGCAGAGGAUACCGCAUUGUAACAGGCUCAACGGAAUCACUGUUCCAGGUGAAUCAAAACGAUGGCAUCCUGUAUGUGAAAAGAAGGAUAGACCGGGAAGAGGUGUGCGAACGAAGCAGUGCAUGCACCAUCAACCUAAAAACCGUGCUAGAAAACCCACUAGAGAUUCACUAUGUGGCAGUGGAAAUACUAGACAUAAAUGAUCAUUCUCCCGUUUUUCCAGAGAAAGAGAAAAGGCUUGAAAUUUCCGAGUCGGCUCUACCAGGAGCGAGAUUUCAGCUACAGGCCGCGCGUGACCCCGAUGUGGGCCAAUUCGCAAUUCAGCAAUAUAAACUCAGUCAUAAUGAAUAUUUUAGAGUAGAAGUAAAGGACCGUGGCAAAGACCAGAAAAUACCAUUCUUAGUUCUGCAGAAGCAGUUAGACAGAGAAACAAACGAGAAGCACAAGUUACGUUUAACAGCCGUUGAUGGAGGGAAACCGGCGAAAUCAGGCGAUAUAGAAAUCACUGUGGAUGUACUUGAUAUUAAUGACAAUUCCCCAAUUUAUAGUCAUUAUGAUUAUUCUGUUACGCUCAAUGAAAAUACACCACUUGGUACAAUAGUCGUACAAGUAAAUGCAAUAGACUUAGAUGAUGGACCUAACGGAGAUGUAGUUUAUUCAUUUGGUAAGAGUAUAAAUCAAAAAGAUUUAAAUCUCUUUGCUAUCAGUCCAUUAACAGGAGAGUUAAGCGUUAAAGGAUUGAUAAACUAUGAGGAGAGGGAAAAAUACGAAAUAGAAAUCCAGGCGUCGGAUAAAGGUAUGGCUCCUCUAACUACAGAAAAGAGCGUAAAAAUAAAGAUUGUUGACUUGAAUGAUAACGCACCUGAGAUUGAGGUAACAUCAUUUUCAAGCUCAAUACCAGAAGAUUCCAGACCUGGAACUACAGUAGCUCUUAUUAGUGUAAAUGACUUGGAUUCUGGUCUUAAUGGAAAAGUUAUUUGUUUCGUAGGUGAGGAUGUUCCGUUUGCUUUAUCACCAUCUUUACAGGAUAAGAUGUUUUCAUUAGUGACCAAAUCCCCUCUGGACAGGGAAAAACAAGAGAAACAGUCACAAUAUGAGUUGACAAUAACGGCAAAAGACGCAGGUCAGCCUCCGUUAUCAUCUGAAAAGACAAUAAGCGUUACGGUGUCCGAUGUGAAUGACAACCGUCCAGAGUUUUCACUCAGCCCAUAUACUUUCUAUGUUACUGAGGGGAAUAAUCCAGGAGCUUCAGUGUUUUCUGUUAAAGCAUCUGAUCGUGAUGAGAAUGACAAUGCGCGCAUUUCCUAUCAUAUUGUCAGAGAUGGAAGUGAGGAUAAUAAAGUCACUUCAUUUCUAAACAUAAACUCUGAAAAUGGGGAGAUUUUAGCGCUGAAAAGUUUUGAUUUUGAAACACUGAAAACUUUCCAGUUCCAAGUUGUUGCGUCAGACUCUGGAACUCCGUCACUAAGCAACAAUGUCACAGUCAACGUCUUCAUCCUGGAUCAGAACGACAACGCUCCAGUCAUCCUGUAUCCACUCAGCUCCAACGGUUCUGCUCAAGGUGUGGAGGAGAUUCCCCGAAACGUCAACGCAGGACACUUGGUGACUAAAGUCAGAGCCUAUGACGCUGAUAUAGGAUAUAACGGCUGGUUGCUCUUUUCACUGCAGGAAGUUACUGACCACAGUCUCUUUGCGUUGGACCGCUAUACAGGACAGAUCAGAACACUUCGCUCAUUCACAGAGACAGACGAGGCUGAGCAUAAACUGGUAAUACUGGUCAAAGACAACGGAAACGUUUCUCUCUCAGCAACAGCUACUGUGAUUGUCAAACUUGUGGAGCCCAAAGAGGCUUUUGCAUAUGAGUUGUAG